UAUCAAUCCUAAAAAGACAAAUCUGUUAUAGCUGACUCUCUUAUCCCAUUUGAUAAUCAUUAAAUGUUGUUUUGCGUCUUAUUUCAGAAGUUUAUUGAAGAUUCAUUUAAUAACUAACCUAUGUCGCAAAAGUCUUUUCACACAAAAUAUUCAUUGAUUUUUCAAUUUCUUAGAGUCAAAAAGUAAUUAGUUAUAAUCCGAUGUUUUUUGUUCUUUUCGAAUAUAUAUUGAGAAUUUCUUUCUGGGAUAAGAUUGAAAAACUAUCAUUAGAUUGUUUGAAAAUAAUGCUUAUACUUCAUUUUUGCAUGACUGAUUGUAAAAAUGUUUAUAAUUAUAAAAGCAAUUUUUUGAAACAUCGAUUGUUGACUUCUAUAGAAACUAGCUCUUUUAGUACUAAGGAUUACAUCGAAACUACUAUUUUGUUUUGUACAGACACAAUUUUAGACUUUUUUUUUUUUUUACAAAGAUUUAAUGUUAGUUGUUCAAUCUUAUUUGAGAAAGAAAAUCUGGUCAUACAUUUGAAACGAGUGAAAAUUUCUGAUUCUAACCAGUUGUCUUUUUUUUGGUUUGAAAAAUGAGCAAAUAUAUUGUGCCAAGACUUUUGUGUUCUAUAGAUUACUCUAUUUUAAGUGGAUAUCCAAGCGGAAACAAACCGAUCCAUAUGCUAUAAAUCAUAGAAAAUCUACAGUAAUAAGACUAAAGAUAAAGCUUUGAUAUCUAUUGAUUCAUGGUGAACAAAUAAAAAUUGAUUUUUAAUGAUGAAAAUCAAGAAAUCAGUUUGUUUUCCUUUGUCGAUAUCAUGAAUACUUUGUGAUCAUAGAAGAGUAUUGAACGAUGCAUAAAAAACUGCUUACAAUACCAAUACUUUCAUAUAUGAAUAUUGAAUACUGGCUGUUAAUGUAGUAUUGCGAGUACGAUACAUUUAUUGUCGCAAAAAACUAGAGGACGAGUUUUUCUAGUAUUUUUCAAUAAUUUCAUUUAAAAAUAUUGAAUGAUAAAUUUUGUCUAUAGGUUUAAUUGAUUUAAACAUUAUAAUUUUUAGAGAAUUUAAAGAAACUAUAUAGUUAUGAUAGUAUCAAUAUUUGAAUAUAUUCAAAUCUAUUCAUUAAUUUAGAAAAAAAAAUCAACUUUAUGCAAUCAUCGAUGUCUUCGAAUAUUUACUAUAAUUCUUGGUAUAUUUAUUUUAAUUAUUUCAUUACUUCUUCUUGCUUUUUCACUUAAUCUUUUACUUAAUCCAAAUAUGACAAAAAUACGUACCGUAGCAAUUAUGUAUCCACAAGCUCUUCCAUCAUCAGGAUUUACUGGUAAAGGACCAACUGAUACUCUUCUUAUUACUGCAAUUAUUGGUAUUAUAAUUAGUAUUAUUAUAUUAAUUAUUUCAAUAUUUACUAUUAUAUGUCUUAUUUGUAUUAAAUUUCGUUAUUAUGGAUUCUGUUUUUGUAUUGGACCUAUUCUACUUAUAAUACUCUUUUUAAUAUUAAUUGGUUUUGUAAUUUUUGUUAUAAUUGUAGGUGAUACAGAAUUACAACGACUUGCAUCAAGUACAAAAACAACAGUUUAUUAUUAUUAUAAUUCAACAAGUACAACACUUGUUCGUGAUGGUUGGGAUUUUGUUCAAUAUUAUUUUAGUUGUUGUGGUGUUAAAGAUAAUAAUACUGAUUGGUAUCCAACACCAACUACAGGUUGGAAAUAUAAUAGUCAAUUACCUCGUUCUUGUUGUGGUUAUGAUACAAAUGAUGCUGGACAUGCAGGUCGUAUAUUUGUUGGUAAUAAUGUACCAACAUUAGAUGGUAUAUGUUAUUAUGGUGAUAUAGGUCAACCAACAUGUUAUGAUAGUAUUAAAACUAAUCUUCUUAUAACUGUUUUAGUUUUUCUUAUUAGUCUUGCACUUAUUAUACUUGUUCUAGCUAUUCUUUUUAUCAUUGUUAUUUUCAUUUAUCGUACAAUUCAUCAUCGUGUAGAAAAUUCUAUUGUAAAAUAA